ACUUGCGAUUCGCAUGCAGCCAAGGGCAAGAUAGAUAUGUAGGCCAGACCAGAUACUCUGUACGUAUAGUAUGCGACGGAAGCCAAGGAGUUAGGAUAAGCUGAUGUGGAGACGAUCGUAUCUAUCGACACGUUGCCGGACGAGACGAGCGAGGUUCUUGAAAAGAACCAUGCCAACUUAGCUGCACAAAACAGCGUGAUUCCCGUUCCGUGUGUAGACGGAUUUCUUGGGUUGUCGUCACUUUCUUUUACCCUGUCCCGCCCUCAGCCUCCAUCUAUCUAUCAUAUUUCUCUUUCUUUCUCAAAGCCUACAUCUUGUAGCCUCUAGGCGCCACUCUCCCUUGUGUUUUUUUGUGUAUUUUCAUACCCGUAUCCUUUCUUGCAUGUGUUCCUGUUUUGUAUAACCAGUUUUCUCCCCUUCCAAAUGGGUCUUCACUUAAGCUCUGCCUGGAGCACCCCCAGGGGCUGGAGGCUGAUUACAGUAACACUCGUCGCCCUGACCUUGCUGCUCGUUGUACCCCUCCAUCGGCUCAGCGACGAUUCACCGGGCGUUUAUGGACAUUUGACCAAUUAUCUCAGCCAUGAAGGUGCCGCAUACGAUGUCGAAGAAGGCUUCGUCGCCAAUCUCAACGAGACGACUACCAACCAAAUACUGAACGAUAAGGAGCCUGCCGAAAAGGUUCCAUACGAUACGGAUUCGCCACAAUACACCGGCGAGAAAGACAAAGCAGCCUCUGACAGCGCUGAGAAGCCUGCUGGAGCUCAACACCCAGAGGACGACAAGAAGCCGGAUGAUGCAGAGGACGAUGGAGCGGUUCUUGAGAUUGAUCAUGGCGACAGCGACACACCUCAAAACACCGACCAGAUCCACAGCGAGCUGCCAAAGGAGACCACGAAGCCCGAGAGCAGCGAGACCGAAUCGCAGGGUGUACAAAGUGGUGAGCCCAAGCCGCAGGAGGAUGGAAACAAGCCCGAAGAGGCCGAUAAGGAACACCGGCCACAGGACAACACGCAGCCUCAGAGUGGUGAAAAGAAACUCCAGGCCGAUGAGACAGCCCCAGGCGACGAGCACAAACAACCACACAGUGAGAUUAAGACCCAAGAGAGUGAGAACAAGCAUCAGCAGGGUGAAAACAAGGCCCAGGACGAUGGAGACAAGCAGCCUGAUGGUAUCAAGCUCUCUGAUCAGUCGCAAAACAACAAUGGCCACAAGAACGAAGACGGCGAUGGCGCGACCAAGACCCAAGUUUAUCAAGAUAGCGCGACAACCAGCAUCGCGAGUGAGUUCAUGCCUUCUCAAACGGCAGACUUGGAUGUUCCUUCGGGUCCUUUAUCAAACUGGACUGGAGUUUGCGAUGGAUUUCCCAACACCGAUGGUAUCAUGCUUGUCAUGAAAACCGGUGCCACCGAAGCAUUUACCAAGCUCCCGGCCCAUCUCUUGACGAGCCUGCAGUGUCUGGACGACUAUCUUCUCUUUUCUGAUCUGGACCAACAAAUCGACAAGUACCAAAUCUACGACGUCCUCAAGGACGUGAAGGAUGACGUCAAAAAAGGUCGCAAGGAAUUUGACCUCUACAAAGCCCAAACUGAGUGCCCAAUUGCUCAGCAGUAUUGUACCGAGAAUAUGAAGGAAGGCUGGAAUCUUGAUAAGUACAAGUUCCUCCACAUGGUAGAGAAAGCCUGGGAGAUGCGUCCCAAUAAGGAGUGGUACGUGUUUGCUGAAGCCGACACCUACGUCUUCUGGUCGAAUCUUGUGUGGUACCUUCGCAACAGGGUCAAUGGUACAGAGACACCAUACGUCGGCAGUGUUGCCAUGCUCAAGGGAAAGCCAUUCGCCCAUGGCGGCAGUGGUUAUGUCAUCCAUGGAGACACUAUGAGGAAGAUGGUUGAGAUUCCUGACUUGGCACACAAGUACGAUAUGAUGGCUACCCAUGAAUGCUGUGGUGAUUACCUCAUGUCCCUGGCUGUUAUGGAAACCGGCAAGAAGGUCAAACAAGCACACCCGAUGUUCAACGGCGAGAAGCCUGUAACCCUUCCAUUUGGCAACAAUCACUGGUGUGAGCCUCUCUUGACCAUGCAUCACAUGAAUCCCGAGGAAGUCAGCGACGCCUGGCAUUUCGAGAAGACGCGACAGAAACAGGGGUUCAUCCAAAUCAGAGAAAUGUAUCACCAGUUUUGGGCUCCUCAGCUGGAGGCGGAGCACGACGAGUGGGAUAACUUGUCUGACGACGUCUGCUAUAUUGGAUUCGGUCCUGAAGCUCAGGGCAAGGCCACUGAUCACCAGAAGGGCCGGCAAAGGAAGGAAAACGAGAAGAAUGCCAUCGAGCAACACGCUCACCGAUCCAAGGAGCACUGUGCUAUGGUCUGCGAGGCUGAAAAUCUCGAUAUUUCGGAAGACGAUUAUUACAAUCUCAAGGACGACAAAGAACGCAACGAGAUGAUCAGGACCCGUUACAGUCAGAAGAAGGGCAACAAGGAGUGGCACACUGGCCGGCGCUGUUUCCAAUGGCGUUACCACAACAAUGUGUGCUGUAUCGCCAGGAGUUUCAAGAGGGGCAAGCCUCGCAAAGAGCAAAAGCCCGAAGAGAAGUGGACAAGUGGCUGGUUUGUGCAAGGCAUCAACGAUUGGAUCGACGCCAAGGGUGACUGUACACCAAAGUGGAAGGAUUAAGCAGCGAUAGCACUCGACGUGCACUUCUCACUACUAUCAACCGGAGUGGAACAAGAUCAUGAGUGGUGUUUUGUAAUCCCUUUCGUGGGAUCGGCGUUUAAGGAAUUGGGUAAUUUGCAUCGUGAUAAAGGGAUAUUUCUUGGAUACAGAUGAACAUCUUUUUUCUUUCUUUUUUUUUUUUUUUUUUUGGGUAUUGGGUCGGCGCAUUGUUGCAUGAUCUGUCAGAUUAGAGUAGAGCAGGCCAGAGGAGCAAAGAUCAGGUUCACAACUGUUAGACAAAGAGAUAUGGCGGAAACAGAUUCAUAUCAAUAGCUCCUUGUGCACACAACGACUUUGAAAGAAUUAUUGGAAGUAAGCUGACAGGUGUAUAAAAACAAAAGCAUUACAAAGUUGACCUUGCUUGUGACAUUGUAAAGUUGAUAAAUCUGAGUGUCGUGGUGUCUAUUUUCCCUUUUGCCCUGAUCCUGACAAUAGCAAGCCCACAGGCAGUAUUACUAGUAACAGCUUGAAUGGCAUUCCCUUCGCCUAGAUGUUCUCGAUCUAUUCCAUCAUACUAAUUGGAUUAUCAGAUGUAAGCUCCAGUAGUUCAAUGACGAAGUGUGUAUGUCGAGAACAGUGGUCCAUGACGUCUGAAGUUAACUACAGGGGUAAUUAUUACCGUAGAUCGAUAUCUAGCAGUGUUCCUGCUCCACAGUAUUUCCAGAUAUCUGUGUAAAUAAGGCAACACGGUCUCAUCGACCUCGGAGUAACGAUAAGACACGCUCAUGAUAUCAGAAAUGUUUUCAUUGCGUCAUGUUAUGAUAUGAGAAAGCUCUUUUCCGCACUUUCCUUUUUGGUGCGCACCCCUCCUGAUGUUUGCUGUCCAUGAUCUGACUAAAACGCAGCAUCCAUUAUCCAAAAUGCCCACUUCUCAAGAGAGAAUAACCCUGAAAUCAAAAGUUCUUUAAACAGUAACGCUCCUAUAGGUGUCCCAAAAAAUUAAGCAGAUCCAGGUCUUUGUCUUGCUUGGUCUUUGCUUUCGUCUCGUCAUACCCCCAUGGGGGUGAGUUGUUGUAUCAUAUCGUUUAUCUUAAUUUUCUGUCGUCUAGGUUCAUUAUGAUGUACCCUGCUUUCCUCCGUGGCGUCCACAUCGGUGCGGGUUUUUCGGCGACUUCAUGUAGCAGUAUGGCUUUGCAUCCUCUCCUGCGGGCUUGCCAAAAAUCUCCUUGAUGGAGCAGUACUCAUAACCGUCACCCAUCCAGUCUUUGAGGUGACGAUGCAGCUCACAUCGCGAAAUGCCACACUUUCUGCAGUACACCUGGCCCUUGACACGCAUCUGCCCCAUAGGAUCCUCCUUUUCAGGGUUUCGCUCAUGUCGAUGGACAAGUGGGCCAGCUCCUCGCCAAGCCCACUCCAUGUCGUUUGGUCCAGAGUAGCGGCUGGAAAGAGGAACUGUGCCGUGAAGUCGUCGGUGAAUUUCGUAGAAGUUGGAGUUUGUGAGGCCGAAGCAAACGCUGUCAAUGGGAUCAAGGUGAUCGAAUAUGGUGUAAUGAAGCUCAGAAGGAAGAUCUAGCAGUGUGUGAUCCUUGGGGGGCUGUGGUUGUGUCUGAGGAACUGGUUCAUAAUCCAUUACAGAGUAUGAGCGACGAGGAGGAGGCAACUUCGGUCGAUGAGGAAGUUGGGCCGCUUUAUCCUCGGCUGGUACUUCGGGAGUUGAGUGCUGGUAAGGCGUGGAUGGAGGAGGCGACUCAUUUUCGGGAAUGGGUGCUUGUCGCUCAAUGUGAGAAGCACCCGAAUGCGACCCGGCAACAUGGUCGCCUUGGUAGUCAGUCAUUGACCAACCUCUUCUGGGUGCCCUCAUCAAUCCUCUCUUCUUGUUGAGCUCCUGCAUUCGUUUGGCAUGUUCUUCCCUGGUCAUUGGCGUCGAAGAGUCAGUCCUGCCAAGGCCAGGACGCUUCAUGAGAGGCCCAUUAGUGCCCUCGUGUGUUGGUGUUCCAGCGGGCGAGAAUGCGGGAUCAGCCAAUAAUUGAACCAUGGUUGGUUGGCAAAAAUGGUGCUGUAUAUUUCCGUUGGGUAAAUGCUAAAUGCGGCUGAGGUCAAAACCCAGGAGCGGCGUUGCUGAUGGCAGUACUUUUUUUUUUUUUUUUUUUUGAAGAUAUUCACAGUUGUUUGUGAUGUAAUAUCGUAGGAGACGCGGUGAACUGGGAGGGGAAGUGAUCCACUCCAGGAAGUUGUCUCCUAUGUUGCGUUGACGAUGUUGUACCGGUGUCGGUUGUAUGUAUAUCGGUGAAGUGAGAGCCUCACUAACACGUUCAUGAGCAGUUGAAGGGUGCGUAAGUUGAAGUUCUGUAUUUAAAGAGCCAGGCAAAGGCAAAUGUGAAAGGAGUGGCGACGUAGACCGGUUAUAAAAACGUUGACGAUGGAUAGACGACAAGGCCGGGCAGGUCUUCCAAGAGCCGGUCGGAGUCCGAAGGUCGGUGGAUGCCGUUGCUUGAUUUUGGGGGGGUGGUGUGAUGGGUCCCGGGACCAGAAUUAACCAAUUCGAGUUCUGUCCUUGUCCGUCCAGGGGUUAACUGGCACCCUAGGGACAUAGAGUUCCGGGAAAAAACCAUGAUAAGCUAAUUCUGGUCUGGCUAGUUUGUCUGAGGCACAGCCGAAGCUUGUGUGCUUCUUUGCUCUGUACUUUUUCUUUUCUGCCUCGCAGCCUCUUUUUAGCUUGUCUUACUGGCCAUAUGACAUGGUGAUGCCGAAAACCCGCCAGUGGCCGCGAUACCGGGACCCUGAUUCAAGUUAUGGUGGCAACUCAAAAAUCAUUU